AUGAGCGAUGAAGACACUAUAGAGAAAGCUUUGGAAUUAGGAACAUUGUAUUUCAAAAAUGAGGAUUUUAAGAAUGCUCAAAGCUUGUUUACCAAGGCACUAAAGCUGGCUCUUUCUUAUGACGAAAGUAGCUUGGAGAAGAUACGUACAUCGCAUGGAUUGAGCUCGAGACCUCUUCCAGGAAUGGGGGACUUGGUACAUCCGCGGCUUGUGAAAUUAUUGGACAAUAGAGCCGCUGCUUGGGAGAAAAUGGGUGAUCUACAAAAAGCGUUGAAAGAUUCUCAAAGAUGUAUUAGAUUUGAGCCUUUCAACUUAAAAUGCUAUCUAAGACGCGGUAAGAUACUGCAAAAGCUUGGAAGUCAUCAAGAAGCUCUUGAAAACUACCACGAAGGGCUGCGAAAAAUGAAAGAAAUGGAAAAUAGAUGGCAUUUGGAUUCCUCUACAAAGCUAGUGGAUCUGGUGAAAUAUCAAAUAUCCCUGAUCAACAGCAGAAUAAAGCCACAGGUAAGCUUACCGAAGACGAAAAGAGUUUAUGUCCAACCACCGAAAGAGGCUUCGAAUUCGCCAGCAGUCAAAUUUACAAAAGUUCACUUGGUGCGGGGCAAGUUGGACAUCGUGGGACAAUGCCCAUUGGAAAUUCUAAAGGUAAUUCUAUCAAAAUUAGAAACCAAGCAGCUGGUGAGAUGCCUGAUGGUUUGUAAAGUUUGGUUGGCUCGCAUAUGUAUGUUGCCAGAAGUGUUCAGCCGGUUUGACAUAAGCUCGUGCAAUCAUCGAGCAAUCGUCGCAUUCCAAAAUUUCGUAAACAAGAUCUAUCGUGACCAGAUGGGAUCGCGAAUAGAUUCACUCAGGUUUUCGAGCUCGGCAUUGUCGGUUGAGUCGCGAUCAUUGACCACGUUAAUCCAGAAUUUAGAGCCUCGGGUAAAGACCCUGAUGCUGCACAGCAAAACCACGGACUUCGAACAGUUGACGCUAGCUCUCUCAAAGAAUUUGCCCCUAGCUACAAGCUUGGAAGGGCUCAGCUUAAGUUGCGACUAUCGGGGCAGCGCUUCAGGAUUUUUAGAUCAUCUUUUCGUCAGUUCGGUCAGUAAUGUUCGCCAUUUGGACCUUGUAUUUCUAAGUUCGACAGCGAACAAAGGCUCUAUUAAUAUUCCAAAAGGUACAAUUGCUAACGAAAGCCUAAGCUUGCAGAAGCUUAAAUCUUUCAAAUUGAUCUGUGAUCUAAGAAAGAUGUCACCCUUCUUCCCCUUAAAGUCCCUUCUUCUUUCAGAUUCUUUCCAGAGACUAGAGAAACUCUACAUUUGCGGGGCUACAUUUGAUGUCACGAUGAAAUUCGAUUGGCUAUGUCAUGUCAAGAAUCUUAAGGAAUUAUGGCUCGAAAACAACAAAAAUGCAUACUUGGAAGACUUUGUACGUGCUCUCAUCUACGUACCGGUAUUCCCACUACUCAAGAAAUUGACGUUUCGUGAGCACAGGAUUGCUAACCAGGCUUUAAACCUACGACAGUAUCCACAGCUUAUGGAGAAUACCAUUUUGAUUGGAAACGUGAACACCUUAGAGCACCUCGACUUGAUGAGCACUUCAAUCGGGGCCCUUGGACUGCUUUCUAUUCUUUCACUUUUUGCGUUUGAUAAACUGGAAAAGCUCAACAUUGGUGAUUGUCCUUACAUUCAUUUUCAGAGAGGUAAUGAUAAUGGGUAUAUGGACAUAAAGCGGCUACUUCAAUCUAUCCCUCAUAUCGAAGAACUUUUACUACCCCAGUCUGUGGGACUUGAUGAUCACUGUCUGAAGCUCUUUUCCCAGAACGUCAAAUACGUCAAAAAGCUUAGAAAAUUGGACUUGUCAUUCAACAUGUCAUUGACUGGCGUUUCCAUUUAUGAGCUCUUAAGAGCUUUAAGAGAUGAAUUCGUUGUUCUCGACAAGCUUGAAAUUGACGGCUGCCCCUCAAUAAUGGAAAGCACGGCAAAUGCUUUGAAACAGAGCAGCAUGGUGAAAGAUUUGUCGUGCUCCUACGAAAAAUUGGCUUGGAGAGUUUAUGGAGCUAAUUCUCUGGUAAGUGGGUAA